AUGAAGACCCCAUUCGGGAAGACACCUGGCCAGCGGUCCAGAGCGGAUGCAGGUAGGCGGGGCGGCCCGGCACACACCAGCAUGGCCUAAAAGAGAAGUGAGCAUAAAAAACAUCGGAGCAGUGUGGGGCCGAGCAAACCAGUUUCCCAGCCCCGGAGGAACAUCGUAGGCUGCAGGAUUCAGCAUGGGUGGAAGGAGGGGAAUGGCCCUGUCACCCAGUGGAAAGGAACCGUUCUGGACCAGGUGCCUGUAAAUCCUUCUUUGUAUCUUAUAAAAUACGAUGGAUUUGACUGUGUUUAUGGACUAGAACUUAAUAAAGAUGAAAGAGUAUCUGCGCUCGAAGUCCUCCCCGAUAGAGUUGCGAGCUCUCGAAUCAGCGACGCGCACCUGGCCGACACGAUGAUCGGAAAGGCGGUGGAGCACAUGUUUGAGACAGAGGAUGGCUCCAAGGACGAGUGGAGGGGGAUGGUCUUGGCUCGCGCCCCUAUCAUGAACACGUGGUUCUACAUCACCUACGAGAAGGACCCCGUCUUGUACAUGUACCAGCUCUUAGAUGAUUAUAAAGAAGGCGACCUUCGCAUCAUGCCCGAUUCAAAUGAUUCUCCUCCAGCAGAAAGGGAACCAGGAGAAGUUGUGGACAGCCUGGUAGGCAAACAAGUGGAAUAUGCCAAAGAGGACGGCUCUAAAAGGACUGGCAUGGUCAUCCACCAAGUGGAGGCCAAACCGUCCGUCUACUUCAUCAAGUUUGAUGACGACUUCCAUAUCUACGUGUACGAUUUGGUGAAAACGUCCUAG